GAAAAAACCACGUGACCUUGCUGACGACCUCUGGUUUGGUAUUUAAUAUCGUCCGUCAUUUGGUCAUCUGCUUCUUGUAGUUUCACGAUAAACCUAGAUUGUUGACGAACGGAUCAUCUUUAUAGGAUAGCUCGAAAUUUUUGGACUCGCGCGCGCGUGUCAAAAGUUUUAGACUAAUUCGUAUCAUUGUUAAGAAUUCUGACAGAUAUGAUACGAACCAUAUCGAGCAUACGGUUGGCCCGCUCUAUCGUCCGCGGUUCUGUACGAACCAACACCGUCAGAUCCAUAGUUAUCCGCUAUCUUCACAGAAAACAUCAACAGAGGGUUUUUAUUCAGCAUCACACUGUUUUACAUUGUAAAUUAACACCAUGGCAGCAACAAUUCAGGUUUUAUGUGGAUUAUCCCGAUCAUAUCAAAGUCCCACUUCCAGCAUUGUCUCCCACCAUGGAGACAGGAACAAUAAUCAGUUGGCAAAAAAAAGAAGGUGAUAAGUUAAAUGAAGGUGAUUUACUAGCAGAGAUUGAAACAGAUAAAGCCACAAUGGGAUUUGAAACUCCCGAAGAAGGUUAUUUGGCCAAAAUUUUGGUACCUGCAGGAACAAAAAAUGUGCCCAUAGGCAAACUGGUUUGCAUUAUUGUGCAAGAUGAAUCGAAUAUAGUUGCAUUUAAAGACUUUAAAGAUGAUACAGUGACUGCUCCUCCUCCUGUAUCUCCUACACCAGCAGUCCCAACACCAUCUGUACCAUCACCGACACCACCAUCUGCACCAGCUGUAGCAAAAGCUCCUUCUAUUCCACCGCCUUCUGGAGAAAGGAUAUAUGCUAGUCCUUUAGCGAGAAGAUUAGCAACUGAGAAAGGACUUAGUUUACAGGGUUUGAAAGGAACAGGAUUAUAUGGCUCUAUAACAUCCAAAGAUCUGGAAGGUGCUACUGUAGUUCAACCAGGAAUAGCACCAGUUGGGACACCAGUUGGUGCACCAGUUGGAGCAAUAGAUAUUCCUGUAUCAAACAUACGUGCUAUUAUUGCUAAACGUUUGUUGGAGAGCAAGCAGACAAUUCCGCAUUAUUAUCUUUCAAUAGAUGUAAAAAUGGAUGCUGCAUUGGCAAUGCGAGAACAAUUUAAUAAAUUGUUAGAAAAAGAUAAAGUAAAAUUGAGUAUAAACGACAUUAUCAUCAAAGGAAUGGCUAUGGCGUGUAAAAAAAUCCCAGAAGGCAACAGUGCCUGGUUAGGAAAUGUAAUCAGACAAUACAAUAAUGUAGAUGUUAGUGUAGCAGUAAGCACAGAUAGUGGUCUAAUUACUCCCAUAGUGUUCGGUGCCGAUACGAAAGGUAUAGUUCAAAUUAGUAAAGAAGUGAAGGCAUUAGCCGCAAAAGCGAGAGAAGGAAAGUUAAAACCGCAGGAAUUCCAAGGAGGAACAAUUACUGUGUCUAACUUAGGCAUGUUUGGAAUUAAGAACUUUGCUGCUGUAAUAAACCCUCCGCAAUCUAUUAUUCUUGCUGUAGGUGGCACAGAGACUAAACUGAUACCUGCCAAAAAUGAGAAAGGAUUCACAACUGCCCAAUAUAUGACUGUAACUGCUAGUUGCGAUCAUCGUACCAUUGAUGGUGCGGUAGGUGCACAAUGGUUAGUUGCCUUUAAGGAUUUCAUAGAGAAUCCGUCGACGAUGCUCCUAUAAGAAGUUGAAUCCAUUUAUUUAUCAAUUGAGUGAUUCGAGCGGCACAGAUAACACAUAAAUAUUACUUCAAAUAGAAAUAUAUUUCAAGAAAUAUUUAAGAGAGAUAUUUAUGGAUUAUUAUUUCACCAAGAUUGUUUUUCAGUAUUGAUUUGAAUUUAAAUGUUGUGCUAACAUUAUUGGAAACUGUUGAAAGUUAUAUAAAACGUUUUACGUUAAAUACAAAUAACAACUAAUGUUUCAAUUCAGCAAAAUUAAAAUUGACAAAUAAUUUAGGUUUGCCGCUUUAUUUGAUAAGAUCGAAAAAUUUUUUCAACCAAAUCGAGUGUUAUCUAAAUUUAUAACAACUGCCUCUUUUAGUGACCAUGUGUACAUAUGUAUAUUUAUAAUAAAUAAAUAGUACAACUGCAUUAUGUUGCAGAAAAUA